GUAUAUGUUAAUUUUUCUAUUUAGUCAUCGCAAGUAAAUUUUUGUUGAUACAGGAAUUUCAGCUCUGAAACGAAAAUAUUCUAUGUAGCAAGUUGUGGAUGAAAAAUACAAUUUAACAGUUAUCGAACCUACUGCUUAUUCGAAAGUUGCCAUGGCAGAUCCUGUAUACGAAUGCUGUAAUUUUGAAACCAAAAUGAAAAUUGAAAAUUUUGCAAAAAGAGAAGUAGGAGAUAAAGUUCAAUGGUCGAUGCUUGGAUGUAGUAACAAGUCACCAGUGAAAUUUGUUUCUUCAGAGUGUUGUAAAUGUGGAUGUAAUGUCUUUUAUCCGAUAUGGGCUACAUUUUGGUUGUUGUACCAUGUUAUAUGGAUGUUAGUUGACUUUUCGAUAAAAGAAACAGAAAAGAAGAAAUCAUAUUUCAUUUAUCUAACACACUGGGGAUAUUUGCUGCUUAUAAUAUAUAACUUUAUAGACUGCGUUGUAACUUGGAUCGCGCACUGUAAAAAGAAGGAAAGUUUGCAACGUGAAGAUAUUAAGAUGCCAUGGUAUUUGAAGUUGUCUUGGGUAUUAUUUAAUACAAGUCAUACAGCUGCAUUGUGUAUCACACCUGGAUAUUAUUUAGCAACAGCUCUUUCUGAUGAGAUGCAAGUAUCUUUAAGUCCAUCAGGUAUCGAGUUUCAUGCAAUAAAUUCGGGGUACGUCGUUUUGAAUAUGUUUGUGUGUGCAAAAGAAAUUCGUCUACCACAUGUGACGUAUUCAAUGAUAUUUGGAUCUAUAUAUGAAAUGUUUUCAUUGAUUUACCAACUUGGAAUUGAUAAUGAUCCUAUAUAUCCACCAUUGGAUUGGAAAGACACAGUAAAGACUUCAGUUCUUGUAACCUUAGGCAUUGUCGUGGGAAUUCCAUUAAUAAAUGGAUUGUGUAUUUUCGGAUUGUACAAACUUCGCAUCUGUUGUCGGAAUCUCUGUAAAAAGUGCUGCGAAAGCAACAAUUGUUUUCAUGAAUCCAGAAUGUGUUGUGAUGGACCCAGAGCGUGUUGUCAUGGAGCCAAAGUGUGUUGUAUGGGAUCCAAAGUUGCAGACAUUUCCAACACGGAGAGAAAUGGCGGAAGCAUUGUGACAAACACAACUAGAACUAACAUAACGAUGGUUUCAGCAGUCGAAGAUGUUUAGGGAUGUUCGCUCCUCUUGUUUUUGAAUUUUUGCCAAAUAUUUGAAAUCUUCUGGUUUUAUCCAUGUAGGGCCAUUGAAAAAUUUGCUAGCUAGCCCCUACUUUUCUUUUCAUAUUUUUAUUACAAAAAUCUUAUAAAAUUCUUGUUAUUUUUUCAGUUUUUGAAAGAAAAAAGGUACCAAUGUUAAAUUUAUGAAAAAUCUGGAGAGGAUCAUUUCUCGCCAAAUUUUCAAUGGCUUAUAUCUAGAAAGCAAGCUCACGUACCCUUCAUUUUUUCUGCUUUUUUAGGUCCUUUAUUUAUAUACUAUCAAUUGAUAACAGUGUUUUAAAAAGUUUGUUAUUUUGAAACAAAGUAGCGAACGUCCUUAAACUAAGUUCUCUUUGACAUUUUACAUGAAAAUGGCAUGAUUAAUACGUUUUUCAUGACAUGAGAAUUUAUUAUAUCCCGAAGGACAAAAUCUAAAAUUAGGUUACUUUUCUAUGCGUUUAAUAGAAAAACAGAUAUCAUUAUUCUUAAUCGAUUAUACCUUAUUUAUCAACUUUUGAUAUUAUUUUUCGGAAAGUUAUUUUUUUCCGAUUCGAUGUGAUAUUGAAUUUAAGGUCGAGGUACAGUAGAUGGUCUAUAUCACAGAAAAUUUUGCAUAUAACUUGUGCGUUGAAUUAUAACUGAAAAUCGAUAAAUUAGUGUAUUUAU